UGAUAAUUGUGAACCGCAAUGUAUAAAAUAGUAAACUUUGCUGUAGUGUGUGCUGUGCUAAUUUUAGCUGUAAAUGCAUACGAAUUCAACAAUCCCGAUUAUAAUCGAAUAAUAGCCGAUGAAGUAGAUAACAUUGAAAGAGAAUUAUAUGUUCCCAGUCUAAGAACACGAAGAGAAGCACCAACGGACGAAAAAUGUCCACCAAGGAAACACCCAUUAUGUUGCGGAGAAGAAUUAAUUCACAAACUCCAUGACGAUAAAAAAGAAUCUAGAUCCGCCUGUUUUAAAGAAAUAAUGGGAAAAGAUAACAAUCCAAAUGGUAUUCCUUCUGAUCCGUUUGACUGCAAAAGUAUGGAAGAACGAAAAAUAAUCUUUUGUGUGUUUUUCAAUGUGAAGGCCAGAAAAACAAUAUUAUUGAUGAUGACGGAAAUAUUAAGCCAGAAGAAUAUGGUAAAUAUAUUCAAACACAGCUUGCGGAUGUUAAGUAUCUAGCUGACGUUCAAGAUAAAAUUAUAGCCGAUUGUCUUGCAGAUAUAAAGAAUGCUACCAUUUCAACCGGUAAAUGCAAAUCUGACGGAAUGGUCUCAGGUUUUUGUAUAUUUAAGAAUAUUCAACUUAAUUGCCCCGAAGACAAAAUUAAAGACAAACUAUUCUGCCAAAAAAUGCAGGAGAGAUUAAGGCAAGGAGAUGGACGACCACCGUUUUUGCCACCUCCACCUCAUCUUAAACCAUAAUUUAAAUGUUCACUUUAAUUUAGAUAACUGACAGUAACAGAUUUGUCUUAAUGAUUAAAAAAUAUGUUACACAAUUGUACGAUUCAAUAAAAACUAUUCAAUAUUUCAUAUAUGC